AUGUUGAUCCCGUCGAUGGCAAGAUCGUGGUGCGGCCAUGAUUUGAGCGUAAGACGUGCGGGAGGCGUUCACAAAUACAACUACGAAGCCAAAAACGACAUCAGCACCAUGGUUCUACUUACAACGAAGGACCCGAUGUCAUGCUCGAAGAUGCGACGUUUCCCCGCCAUUACCCUCCUCUCCCUGUGUGUGUCUAAUAGACCGCGGUAUAUUUCCGGCAAGCCGAAUUAUAACUCUUCAAUGUCUUACGGGGAACAGCUCAUGUGUCUUUGUACUUGUUCAAAUACUAGAAACGUAUCUCGGAGCACCUGCUACGCCAUCUACCUUCUUAAGACUACCCAAUGGCUUUGGUCGGCUGGCGGUGCCCUCAUAAGACGACGAUGCUCACAACUCGAAAUUGCCCCUGAUACUUCGAUAGUCUACAUCUCACGAUUGUAG